ACAUAGAGAGAGUGCAAGCCAUUGCCUUUUCGUCCUUAUCGGAGGGCACCAUCCCACCCGAGUUCAUUAGAUCUGAAAAAGAAGAGCCUGCUAUCACAACCUUCCAUGGCUAUGUCCCUCAAGUUCCCACCAUUGAUUUCAGCGACCCAGAUGAGGCCAACCUCACAAGAUUGAUUGCGGUGGCCAGUAUGGAGUGGGGAAUUUUCCAAAUUGUCAACCAUGGCAUUCCCUUUCAUGUUAUUACCAGUUUGCAGAAAGUUGGCAGGGAGUUCUUUGAGCUCUCACAGGAGGAGAAGGAACUCUAUGCUAAGCCUCCGGAUUCCAAGUCCAUUGAAGGCUAUGGAACCAAGCUUCAAAAGGAAGUGGAAGGCAAGAAAGCUUGGGUGGAUCACUUGUUCCAUAAAGUCUGGCCUCCUUCUGCCAUUAACUACCACUUCUGGCCCAAAAACCCACCAUCUUACAGGGAUGCUAAUGAGGAGUAUACAAAGUGUUUGCGGGGAGUGGCGGACAGGCUCUUUAGCCGAUUAUCAUUAGGAUUAGGGUUGGACGAGGAUGAACUGAAGAAGAGUGUGGGUGGCGAUGAAUUGACGUACCUUUUGAAGAUCAAUUAUUAUCCACCAUGUCCUCGGCCAGACCUGGCUCUCGGGGUGGUUGCCCACACUGACAUGUCCUCCAUAACCAUGCUCGUACCCAAUGAAGUUCAGGGCCUUCAGGUUUUCAGAGAUGAUCAUUGGUUUGAUGUCAAGUAUAUCCCUAAUGCCCUCGUCAUCCACAUUGGUGAUCAGUUGGAGAUUCUGAGCAAUGGGAAAUACAGGAGUGUUCUUCACAGAGCCACUGUGAAUAAGGAGAUGACGAGAAUGUCAUGGCCGGUAUUCUUGGAGCCGCCACCGGAGUUGGCUAUCGGCCCUCUUUCGAAGCUCAUAAAUGAGGAGAACCCACCAAAAUACAAGGAGAAGAAGUACUGCGAUUAUGUGUAUUGUAAGCUUAACAAGAUUCCCCAGUAAAUUAUGGUCGUGUCAAUAUUUGAAAUUGGGUGUAUAUGAAGUUGAAUGUUUUGUUGAUAUAUAUAUUUUCAUAUAUGAAAGUUCGUUUAUUCAAAUGUUUGAUUCUCUUGUCAA